CACCAAGAGCAGGUGGGCAGGCCUCGGCCCUCCUCCCCACCCCAAGGCCAGCUGCAGACUCAGCCUAGGAGCCGGCACACCCCCCUACACCAUGGUCCGGUACCGCGUGAGGAGCCCCAGCGAACGCCCGAACCAGGGGUGCAGGCAGCGAGGGCAAGGGCAAGGGCAUGGGCAGGAGCAAGGACCCGAGGGCCAGGAGGAGCCGGGCCUGAGCCCCGAGAGCGUCGAGUUCUACGGCAGGACCUACCAAGGCCGCCGCUGCCGCUACAGGCGCAGGCGCUGCUCGCGGAGGAGACUGUACCGGAUCCACAGACGGCGGCGACGCUCCUGCCGAAGGCGCAGAAGACGCUGCUGCAGGCAGAGGCGUCGCAGAGGCUGCAGAAGGAGGAGGAGAUGCAGAAGGCGCUACUACUAAUCUUCCUGCGUCCCUCGCCCCUGGCUGAAAGUUAAGGAGAAUUCACCUGCCCGAGAAACACCACGCGAGGCCAUAGCAACUCCCCCACGUCAGAUGCCCGAGCCCUGAGUUGCCGAAGAACCCACAAGAUCUGAAUAAAAUGAGCAAAA